UUUUUUUUCUUUAUUGGUAUAAUACAAAUCUAUUUGCUUUACUGUUAGCAUUUAUUCAUUUGGUUUUUGCGGUAUUCUACUAUCUUUUCAAGUAGGCCUUCCGGGUUCUUUCUUGUUUUAUAUGGGGAGAAUUUUGAAUUGACCAAUUUAUUGGCCUUUUUACAUGUGGUUCUUGAGGGUGAAGAUGAUGUCUGUAUAGCUUUAUUUUGUGAAAUUUUGGUGUUAUUUUGUUAGGGUUAUGGGAUCUUGAUUGUAAUUGCUUCAUGUGGAGGAGGGCUUCUUCUUCCAACUGAUGGCUGUAGAUGCUAUUUUGUAUGUGAGAAAAAGUGUUGACAAGAUGAUAUUUGUUGACAAGAUGCCUCUGUGGGUUUUCUUCAAGAACACCAGAGAUGUCUUCAAGAAGGAUGAACUGGGUCUGGAUAUAGCAACUAUUGCAUUCCCGGCAGCGCUAGCUUUAACAGCAGACCCCAUAGCUUCUCUAAUCGACACAGCUUUCAUUGGCCAUAUAGGUCCCGUGGAGCUUGCUGCAGUAGGAGUUGCUAUUGCUAUUUUUAAUCAAGCAUCGAAGAUUGCGAUCUUCCCACUUGUUAGUGUUACAACUUCUUUUGUUGCUGAGGAAGAUGCAGUUGGAAGUUUGAUUCAUAAAGAGAAUGAUAUUGAAAUACCCGAAAGGAGUUUUUCGGGAGAUGGUGAAAAGGAAGAGUUGAUACCAAGAGUUGCAGAUACAUACAAGUCUCCAACCAGUACUAAUGAGAGAAGGCAUAUUCCUUCCGCUUCAUCAGCUUUGGUUAUUGGAGCUGUUCUUGGCCUUUUCCAAGCUUUAUUUCUAAUUGUUGCUGCAAAACCAAUAUUGGAGUACAUGGGCAUUGAAUCUGAUUCUCCAAUGCUAAAUCCAGCAAGACAAUACUUGACAUUGAGGUCGCUCGGUGCUCCUGCCGUUCUUCUCUCUUUGGCCAUGCAAGGGGUCUUUCGAGGAUUUAAGGAUACAAAAACUCCUUUAUAUGCAACCUCGCUAGGAGAUGGAGCAAACAUCAUUUUGGAUCCAAUAUUUAUCUUCGUAUUCCGUAUGGGUGUUAGUGGUGCAGCUAUUGCGCAUGUUAUUUCCCAGUACUUAAUCUCCCUUGUACUCUUGUGGAGAUUAAUGGGACAAGUUGAUCUCUUACCCCCAAGUAUCAAAGAUCUACAAUUUAGUCGGUUUCUUAAAAAUGGGUUUCUGUUAUUGAUGAGGGUAAUAGCUGCAACAUUCUGUGUGACUCUGGCAGCUUCCAUGGCUGCAAGGCUGGGAUCAACAUCCAUGGCUGCAUUUCAGAUUUGCUUGCAGGUUUGGCUGGCAGCCUCUUUGCUUGCCGACGGGUUAGCUGUUGCUGGACAA